AUGUUAGCGGGUGGGAGGUGCGGCUGGGUUGCCACAGCCGGAGCUGGGCGGUGGCGGGCGCAGCCUGAGGGGUGUGGCUGAGCCUGAGGCGGUGGCGCAAUGGAGGGACUGGAAGAAAAUGGAAGUACUGUCCAAGUUGGAGAAUUGUUACCUUGCAGGAUUUGUGGAAGAACAUUCUUUCCAGUAGCAUUAAAAAAACAUGGACCCAUUUGCCAGAAAACUGCCACUAAAAAACGGAAAACUUUUGAUUCAAGCAGACAAAGAGCUGAAGGAACUGAUAUUCCAACAGUAAAACCUCUGAAACCAAGGCCGGAACCACCAAAGAAACCAUCUAAUUGGAGAAGAAAACAUGAAGAAUUCAUUGCCACAAUAAGAGCCGCUAAAGGCCUUGGUCAGGCACUUAAAGAGGGGGGCAAACUUCCUCCACCUCCUCCACCUUCUUAUGAUCCUGAUUAUAUCCAAUGCCCAUAUUGCCAGAGGAGAUUCAAUGAAAAUGCAGCUGAUAGACAUAUAAAUUUCUGUAAAGAACAAGCAGCACGUAUUAGUAAUAAAGGCAAAUUUUCUACUGAUACCAAAGGAAAACCGAGUUCUCGGACACAGUAUAAGCCUCCUACACUUAAAAAGUCAAAUUCUCCUGGAACCACAUCUUCAGGAUCUUCACGAUUACCGCAACCAAGUGGCACUAACAAAACUGUUGUAGGUGUGCCUUCAGGUAAAGUAUCCUCAGUUAGCAGCUCUGUGGGAAACAAAUUGCAGACCUUAUCUCCCUCUCAUAAAGGGAUAGCAGCCCCUCAUGCAGGAACUAACAUCAAAUCUCGGAAUUCCACACCACCUAGCUUGGCAAGAAAUCCUACAUCAGGUGUGCUUACAAACAAAAGAAAAACAUACUCUGAGGGCUACAUAGCCAGACCAGAUGGCGACUACGCAUCUUCAAUUAAUGGUGGAAAUAUUAAAAGCAUUGAAGGAAAUUCAUCCGGACACUUACCAAAAUUCUGCCAUGAGUGUGGGACUAAAUACCCUGUGGAAUGGGCCAAGUUCUGCUGUGAAUGUGGCAUUCGAAGAAUGAUUCUGUGAACAGAAUCACAAAAGAAAAAGAGCCAAGUUGAGAGUUUUGUGAUUAUUGCUGCUUGGGCAGCUAGAGCACUUCCUCUAGUUAUUUUGUGCUAAAAACAUUCAAAAUACCUUUUUCAGUAAUUUUUGGAGCAUUAUCUUUUGCCUAUAAUAUGUGUAUGUGUGUAUGUAUAUAUGUGUAGAUAUACUGUAGAUAGUAAAUUCUUGAUAACCCUGACUGUCCCUUUCAAGGAAAUAUUCAUUUAUCUGUCAGAAAUAAUUUUAAAUAGAAUCAUUAAUUUAGUAUUACUUUUCUGUUGUCUUAAAGCACAUUAAGUAUAUUCCAUACACACUCAUACACUAGUGCUUAGCCCUUCAAGCUUUAGGAUAAUCAUAACUUUGAGCAAACAUUGGAAUAAACAUUUAUAUUAUUGAUGCCUAUUGUAGGUAUUAUAGUGGGAUGGAUGCUGGAAAUUUUAUAAAUGAGCUGAAUGUUUUUACCUCACAAUUAGGUAUGUGAGGU